UGGUCGCGAACCUCUCACAGCUAUACGCGCCUGAGCUGAGCUUCCUUCAGCUCGGGUUCCCUGCAACACAGGUCUUCGAGCGUAAUGGGUGGAUCGCGGACCCAAUGUACCACAACAGUGGUGACUUGAGCGAUCGUGAAGGUUACGACGCGGAGCAGAUCAAGUCCAUCGCCAAGGUCACCAUGGCAACACUGUUUGAAGUUGCCGGAUGGCAGCAGGGCAAGUAACUCUCACUCUGCUGCCGGGUGUUGUGGUGCACGACGAAGUGCGACUCGAGGGCGGGAUAAACUUCAGCAGGCGGCGGGCAACGGCCGGGAGACGAUGAUCGCAUGGAUAUGUUUGUGCACGACUUGAAAGAAGGCGGGCGGGCGGGUUGCAUCUGCAGUAACCACAGGCUACAAGUCACAGGAACAAUCCAGCUCACUCCAGCAUACGUCGGCUGUGAAAGCGGGACGGCGUGCAAGGUCGUUACACCAGACCCCUACUGCUACAGUGGGCAAUACGGACACCGAGUAACAGUUCAAGACAACGUCAAGGCAGAAGCUUUGAGCCAGGGCACCUCCCCGCCUUUGGGCUUCACGGCGGAAGAUGGAGCAUGGGUGAAGAGUGUGGAGACUCGAAAUGCCGUGAGUCUCCAGUUGGUCAUUCCAGCUGCAAUCCCACGUCCCACCAGCGCAAGGUUGGCAGGCAACGGGGUGCCCAGUUACCACACUCGCGGGUGGACUUGGCUUCGCUUGUUACGAAAGGGGCGGAAGUGGGUGACCGGCGCUGUGAUCCACCAAACCUCCUGUCCAGCGGAAGCGGUCGUCACCUGACGUCGAAUUGAUCUAGGCGCUCACUAUAGACGCUUCGGCUGUUGACAAGUUCAUGAGCCAACGUCAUCCACACUGGUA